CAGAACAGAUUCUCUUCAUCUUUCUUCUGCAGAUCCAGAUUUGCUCCUCAACAGCAGGUAUUCGACCCCGCAAGAUUCGACAACAAAAGACUUCUCUUUUUUGGACUAUCACCAUCCAAAUCACCUUCUUCUCUCAAAAUGAGGGCCUCACUUUGCCUUGUCGCCUCCGGCGCCAUCCUUGCGCUGGCAGGACCUCUUGAGAUCCGUGGAAUCCACACAGAGUUUGUCACCGACAUUGUCUAUGUCACCGUUACCGAAGACGAUUCCGAGCCAACAUCCUCACCUGUGCUUGAGCAAAGCACACCGGUCAUGACAUCGACAUCUUCCGUGCAGUCUCCGGUUUCGACAACACAUCAGCCCCAAGAGACCAGUGCAGCGGCCGCACAGCCAAAUGUUCCCGUCGAGAACAUCAAGAAGCAGCAGUCCAACAGCAACUCCAAGGCUUCCAAGGGUACCAAUGCCUUUCAGAACACGGCUGUUUACCACCACAACAUCCACCGCGAGAACAACUCGGCUAGUGCCCUCGAGUGGGACAGCACGUAUGCAGGCUAUGCUGCGGAGACUGGCAAAUCGUGCAAGUUUGCACACGACCUGUCUCCCGGUGGUGGCGGUUAUGGCCAGAACCUUGCCAUGUGGGGAUCAAGCAACGACCCCGAGAAGCUUGGCGCUAACACCGCCAUCGCGCAAGCCAUCACCAACAUGUGGUACAACGGAGAAAUCACUCUGUACCCUUCAGAGAACUACGGGCUUGAUAACCCGGUUUCGGGAAAUUUCGAGAAGUAUGGUCACUAUACACAAGUCGUCUGGGCCGGCACUAAGAAGGUCGGGUGCCACGCCCAGUUCUGCCCCAAGGGCACCAUGUUCAAGGACAUGGGCGCUUGGUUCAGCGUCUGCAACUACUACCCUGCUGGCAACAUGGGUGGCGAAUACGGUAAGAACGUUCUGAAACCUCAAAACAAGCAAACUAUCUCGGCUUGA